AUGAGUCUGGCCAUCAACACCCUCCGCCUAUCUCUCAAAGGCCCCAAGAGCAGCCUGUUGGGGCGGGCCCAGAUCCAACCUCCACUUUCCACCCGUACCUUAGCCGCCAUUCCCCGCACUCCACUUCGACAAUACCGACCAUCACCGUCGGCCUCCACCUUCACAACACAUGCCCUGCGCAUGAGUGAAACACAUGAGCAGCCAAAGCGAGACCCAACAAAGCCCAUCGAGAGUCAACUGGCCAUGAGCUUCGAGUCCCUUGAGUUCCGCAAAAAGCUCAAGAUCCUGGUGCUUGUCAUUAUAGGAGUGUCUGCUUUGUUGGAGACUUUGAUCUGGGGCGAAGCAAUUUGGGUCUGGUGGAAGGGCGAAGAAGGGGAUAGCAUCGAUACGGUGUAA